CUUCUCGGAAGUAGAAGUUUGAGGACUUUCUGGAUUGUUUGUAGCGACAAGUUCCUAGUGGCCCUCUUUGGACCUGUGACGUCACCACGAGGCUCCCGUGGAGUGGUUCAUCCUUGAAAGUUUUGAAGACGCGGUCCACCCGAGCCGAACCGAGUCAGCGGAGUCACGUGAACGAAUCGUGGGGGAAGCUAACGUGGCUAAAGCUAACUGACAGCGCUCUUGCUGCUGACGUCUCGGUUCGUCUUCGUGUCUACCUCAGGUAAGAUGGAGGUCCACGCGAGCAGCUAGCACAAUCAGCAGAAGUGAAUGAGGUCAGAGGUCAUCAGGAUGGCCUCUGCGGAACCGUCGGUCAAUUUUAACCUCCUCCAUCGGACGUGCAAGCUUGUGGUGCUGCUCUGCUUCCUGCACAUCUCCGUCACCGUCUUCUUCUACGUCCGCUCCCUGGAUAUCCGCGUAGCCUUUGUCCAGAACCAGCAGACCCGCAACGGCACUGCCGAGGCUCAUCCGCCUCUGGACGCCAAAGAAGCCGAACAAGCUGAGGACGAGCAGGCGGGGAAAAGCUUGAAGAAAUGUCCAGAAACGUCUCCCCUGCUUGUGGGUCCUCUGCGGGUGGAGUUCAACAUUCCGGUGAGCCUGGACACGGUAAGGAAGGAGAACACCGGCGUCCGGCCGGGCGGCCGCUACAAGCCCGACGACUGCGUGGCGCUGCAGAAGGUCGCCAUCGUCAUCCCGUUCCGCAAGAGAGACGAGCACCUCAAGUUCUGGCUCUACUACCUGCACCCCAUCCUGCAGCGCCAGCAGCUAGACUAUGGCGUCUACGUCAUCAACCAGGAUGGAGACGAGAUCUUCAAUCGGGCCAAACUGUUGAACGUGGGCUACGUGGAGGCAAUGAAGGAGUACGACUACGAAUGUUUUGUCUUCAGUGACGUGGACUUAAUCCCCAUGGAUGACCGCAACAUCUACAAGUGCUUCAGCCAGCCCAGACACUUGUCCGUGUCCAUGGACAAGUUUGGCUUCAGGUUGCCGUACAAUCAAUACUUUGGUGGCGUGUCAUCAAUGAUGAAAGAACAGUACCUGAGCAUCAACGGCUUCCCCAACAACUACUGGGGUUGGGGGGGUGAGGACGACGAUAUCUACAACAGGCUGGCGUACAAAGGAAUGACCAUCUCCAGGCCGAGCGGCGAGGUGGGAAAAUGUCGGAUGAUUCGGCACGAGAGAGACAAACAGAACGAACCAAACCCUCAGCGGUUCGACCGCAUCUCUCACACCAGACAGACGAUGUACAAGGACGGCAUCAAUUAUCUGUCCUACAAGCUGGUUUCCAAGGAAACGCUGGCGCUUUACACCAAGAUCACCGUCGACAUCGGAAAACCGUGAGAAGCGUCGGGCGGGCCCGAGCGAAUCUUGGUCGGCCAGCGCCAUUGUUGUCUUUGCACAAGUCAGCUUUUCUCAGUUACUGGCUCCGCAAUCAAUCAUCAAUAAUCAAGACAGCUGUGACUGCAUGUUUUUAUGUUGGGGGUGGGGGGGAAAGGUCAUAUGCUGUGGGAAAAAAUCAAAUUGAAGCAUUUUCUUCUUCUUGUUUCUAUGACAACUGAUUGUGAAUUUCUCAGCCUGGAUUGAUUGAUCAGUUUUAAUCACGUUGGCGUGCGUGCGUGCGUGUGUUGAAAGACUUCCACUUGUCUUUAUGACAAGCAACGUCAUUGAUUAUUGAUUAGCUUUAUUUUCUUGUUAGAGCUGUGCGAUAUGGACAAAAUUGUAUAUCCCAAUAACGAUAUAUAUCAUGAUAUAUUUUUCCUUUAAAUUACAUUAAAUUAAUGGAAAUUUUCAGUGAUCUUUUCUCAAUUUAUUUAUAAAAUACAUAUUUUAUUUAGACCACACAAUUAAAUGAAUAAAAGAUUAACCAUUUUAUAAAACACAAAUGUCUAAAUAAAUGAAAUAAAUGAAAAUAUCUCAUAGUACAACCACUUUUACCAGGAAUGAAUUGCAAAGAGAAAAUAAAUACAACACAAUGCUUCAAGUAACAUUCAAGUAUGCCUACCAUUUAGCCAGUAAAAGUAUUACUAAGUGCAGGAAAAGAAAUGACAGGAUUCCUUGGGGAGCAGCAAGGGUAAUCUAACGAUAAGAACCAAUAGAUAAUGCGCGAGAGACUUUUAAUACCGUAUCGACGAUGUAUAUCGUUAUAUCACACAGCUCUUGUGUGUGUGCUGGGUGGCUUCCAAGUGUCACUUGGUCGUGUGUGUGUGUUGGGUGGGUUGCGAGUGUCCUAAUAACAAGCAGCGUCAUUGAUUAUUGCUCAGCUUUAAAUCACUGCGGUGGCUUCCAAGUGUCCUUAUGGCAAGGAGCAUCAUUGCUUAUUGAUCAGCUUUAAUUGCGUGCUUUCAACGUUCACUCUCAAAAGGUUCAUGCUGAACUUUGGCCUUCAUGUCAUUAGCAUCAAGUUGUUGAAUCUCGCAGAGGAAGUGACAGAUGUAGCUUGUUUUCACAUUACUUGCACUUUUGUUAAAGUUUUCAAAGUGAAAUCCUAAAAUGUGGGAUCAAUGUGACACAUUUUACACAACUAAAGAUAAAAUCACUUGAAAGAGGUUUGUGUGUAUCUGUCAAGUCCAUCAUCUUGUGAACACGUAACACUGGAGCUUUAUUUUACAAAAACACUUUGGUUGAUUUCCUGACAAUGUGUAAAAACAACACCAGUAGCUUGAACGGAUUGAAAAAGCUGUCAAAUUAAAAGUUUGGCUAAAAUGCUUUUUAGCAACAUCCAAAAGAGGAAGUGAGAUUUUGUUGACACAUCUUUGCGAUUAUUUGCUCAAGUUAGUGAAUGAGCUAGCGAGUGUUAGCUAGUUAAUGAUGAUAAGCUAGUUAGCAACAAUGCUAAGAAACAAAGAUAGUAUCAGUUUGUACUUGUUUCACAUUUUGACGAACCAAACUCAAGCUGGGUGCAUUUCUAGGAUUUUAAAGCUUGCUACUGUUCUUGUUUUGUGGUGAGAUUGUCAACAGGAAGUGAGCAUAUGACU